AUGCCCGACCAGGACCUGGCCUCCAAGUACAUGGACCUUCCGCAGCAGGGGCUGGCGAGCAUGGCCCACACGCCGCCCUACGCCCAGCCCUUGGGCUACCAGCAGGCGCCCACCCCGGGCUACAACCCGCCCGGCUACGGAUUCCCGCCCAUGUACCCGCAGAGCUCCUACCCGGGCUACCCCAUGAGCUCCUACCUCACGUCCCAGUGCCCCUCGCCCUCCGUCGACGGCGUGGUACGGAAGAGUGGUCCCUGGGUACUUAAAUCAUACCACGAAUUCCGGGAUACCGCGUGUCACUUGGUACCUGUCUUCAAGCCGGUGCCUGGCUCUCCGACCGAGCUGGAAGGUGGUGCCAUUUUCUUGAUGAAUGGUGGCCCUGAGGGUGCCGCGCUUGUGAAAGAAGCAGUGAAGAUCUGGUUCCAGAACCGCCGCUCCAAGUACAAGAAGAUGAUGAAGGCGGCGCAGACGGGCGGGCCGGGCGUGCCUCAGGGGGCGCCCGUGGGGCCCGGCUCUCCCCUCAGCUCGUCCCCCUUGUCGGCGACGUCGCCCCUGCAGACGUACACGACGGCCACGCCCCUGAGCCCGCCCCCGCAGACGCAGUCGCCGGCGCAGACGCACCCGCAGCAGCAGGGCGGCCAGCCGCCGCACUCGCAGCCGCCGCCGCUGACGGCGCUCGUGCCCAUCUCGCACGCCCACACCACGCAGACGGGGAUGCCCAUGGGCCACCCGCACCACGCCCAGCACCCACCGCCGCCGCAGCUGACGCCCUGCCCGCCGCCGCACUCGCACCCGCCGCCGCCGCACCAGCACCACCCGCCGCACGCCGCCUCGCCCCACACCCACGCGCCGCCCUCGCACUCCAUCCAGAUGCCGCCCCACGCCCACGGGCCGCCGCAGCACCCGCCCACGCCCACCAACCAGCCCCCGGAGUCGCACGGCUCGCCCCACCUGGGCCCGCCGGGCACGCCCUGCCCGCCGCAGCACCACAUGUCCCACGCCGCCCACGGGGGCUACAUGCCGCCCACGUCCUUACCCACGCCCGUGUCGUCCGCCGACCACAUGAGCCUGCCGCCCUCGGCGUCCUCCCCGGGCCUCGCCGCCCACCACUGGGACAUGAAGCCGCCCGUGUCCGCACCCUACAUGUACUCGUGGUACGCCCCCGACCAGCAGCACCUCCUCACCUAAGCCGCCCGCGCUGGCCGCCCGCCGCGACCUCUGCCUCGCGCGGGAGCCCCAGGGCGCCCAGGGCAGCCCGCCGCCCGCGUGAGCCCGGAGGGCGCGGCGCCGCCAGGGCGGGCCGAGGACGCAUGCCUUCGAGGGAGAGAGUGAGGGAGCGAGAAAGAAAAAUGAGAGAAAGGAGAAUCAGUGCGAAAGAGAGACACAAGAGAGAGAGAGAGAGAGUGCCAAGACAAGGGCCAAUUCCAUGACCUUCUUCCUUGACCAUUUGAUGGCACCUCGUCCCGCGCCGCCGCUGCAUUGGCUGGCCAGUUUUAAUGGCCCGCAGCGGAAAGUGGCCAUUCUGACCCGCGUCCCUCCGAAACGGCCUCUGAAGCGGUCCUCUGAAACGGACCUCUGCCAAACCAUCUCUCUGAAGGAAGCCUCUCCUAAGUGGUCUUUUGAAGCGGCUCUCUGAAACGGCCCUCUCGAGUGGCCCUCUCUACCCAUGGCCCUCUCUGAAGUGGCCCCCUGAACUGGCCCGAGGCGUGAUUGCCAGGCCCCCCCCCCCAUCCAAGACAAUAAUGACAAUAGGCCUAGGCAAUGUCCCCAAAGAUUUCGUGCAAUAUGUUGCUACUAGGGGCUGGGGGAAGGAAGGAGGAGAGGGCGGAGGGAGAGGGAGAGGAGGGGGACAAAGGGGAAAGGAGGAGAGAGGGUGAGGGGAUGGGAGAGGGGUAUGGGAGAGUGGAUACCCUACCCUACCUUCCCUCUCUCCUUAACCCCCCCCCCCCCUCUCCCUAAUACAACCUCUUACCCACUUCAUCCUCCUUCCAUACCCUCCUCACCCCCCCACCCCCCACCUCCCCUCGCCUGGUGAAGAAAAGAAAAAAAACAGUAAUAAGGAGAAAGAUGGAAUAGACAAAAACGUCAUUCACUAAAACGGUACAGUGCCAACACGUGAAUGACACCACGAUGACUCUUUCACACAGAGCUGACAAAGCCUUAAAGAAAGACCGAAAAGAAAGAAAAAGAGAGAGAGAAAAAAGGAAAAGAAGAAGAAGAAGAAGAAAAAACCCAUCCUUCCUUGCCCUCACUACAAAUUACCCUCAGAGGGGAGGAAGGGGAAGUGAGAGAGAGGGGGGGGGGGAUGUGAUCGGUCUCCUCCCCCCCACCCACCCCCACCUACCCCCACCCAUUUCCCUUCAGAGGAAUUUUUUCCCCAAAAGGAGAGUGAAAGUG